CGUUAAUUUGUCCUUAGGAACGAUUUACGCAAUUGCGCUUGCGUCGUCGCGUACACUUGCACCGAAGUGAGAAAGGGCGGACACCGGUUUCUAAUUCACUCAUUUUAAAGAUAAAUAUAUAUAUAUAUAUGUAAACUGAAUUUAUACUAACAAGAAUAAUGAAUAAUAGAACAAAACACUUACUACACUGUAUAGCUUGCAUAAGUACUAUUCUCUUCUUUGAAGUUAUAUCUGGAGGUAUUCAUCUUUGGAAAUUUAGUUACGAAGAUAUUGAUCCCGUUGCUUCAUACGGCUAUAUAGUAUCUGCCAUUCUAUAUUUGUUCCGCAUUCUCACUCUACUGGCUUUACCGCAAUGUGUAUGCAACUGCCUCGGCUUGCUUUUAUACAAUGCUUUCCCAGAGAAGGUCAAACUCAAAAGCUCUCCCUUGUUGGCGCCUUUCAUCUGCAUUCGUACAGUGACAAGAGGAGAUUUUCCCAGUCUCGUAAAAGGCAACGUUACCAGAAACAUGAACACUUGCUUAGACAUGGGUUUAGAAAAUUUUAUGAUGGAAGUCGUGAGUGACAAACCGGUCAAUCUGCCCAAACAUCCUCGAAUUCGUGAAAUAGUCGUCCCUUCCACGUACAGGCCAAAGAGUGGUGCGUUGUUUAAAGCGCGUGCACUGCAAUAUUGUCUAGAAGACGAUAUUAAUUUAUUAAGUGAUAACGAUUGGAUUGUUCAUCUAGACGAGGAAACUAUUAUAACGGAUAAUGCAAUCCGUGGCAUCUUAAACUUUGUCAUGGAUGGCAAACACGAAUUUGGCCAGGGGCUGAUCACUUAUGCAAACGAAACAGUUGUAAACUGGAUAACUACAUUAGCAGACAGCUUUAGAGUAGCAGACGACAUGGGAAAAUUAAGAUUUCAGUUUAAAAUGUUUCACCGUCCAUUAUUCAGCUGGAAAGGAUCCUAUGUGGUAACCAGAGCAGGAGCAGAGAGAAGAGUAUCUUUUGAUCACGGACUGAAUGGUUCCGUGGCCGAAGACUGCUACUUCAGCAUGGUUGCCUACAAAGAAGGUUACACGUUUAAUUUUAUCCAAGGCGAGAUGUGGGAGAAAAGUCCAUUCACUUUCUGGGAUUUCCUACAACAGAGAAAACGUUGGAUGCAAGGCAUAUUCCUCGUGGUCCACAGUGCCGACAUACCAGUACGUAAUAAAUUAUUUUUAGCUUUUGCAUUGUAUUCGUGGGCAACCGUUCCUCUGACGACGUCAAACAUAGUUUUAGCAGCACUCUUUCCCAUCCCCUGUUGGCAGAUAAUUAAUUUCCUAUGUGCCUUCGUUGGCAGCAUGAAUAUUUAUAUGUACAUUUUUGGUGUGGUGAAAUCUUUCAGUUUAUAUAGAUUGGGUCUGGUGAAAUUCCUCUUUUUUGUUAUUGCCGCACUCUGUACCAUCCCAUUCAAUAUUGUGAUAGAAAACGUCGCUGUGAUUUGGGGUUGCUUCGGCAACAAGUACCGAUUUUAUAUCGUCAACAAAGAAAUCAAACCACCCAUAACGGUCUGAACUGCAGGAAAACAAAAUAGACUUAAGUACUUACCUCAUCUGCUUGUCGGAUGCAUUUUCGGGCCGCCGUAACCAAGACGCAAACUUGGGUUAACAUAAUGUAAUAUAACAAAGCAUCUUUUAAUUAUAUAGCUUUUUACAAAUUCGACUCUCUUAUAUUGAGAAUAUACUGAUCACGUUGUUAAAUACAGAUGUAUGUAUCAUACAUUUGUAUAUAAUAUUGUUAAUACAAAAGUGUAUAUACUGGUUCAUCUCACGCCCAUUUUAAAGAAUAACGUCUAGAAAAUGAUCACCGAAUGGCAGAUUUAUGCGACUCGAAUGACAUCACUCGUCUCACUGCCGUUUUACUCAGGAUAAUGUACAUCGGGGAAGUCAAAAGCUUGAAUGUUUUUCACAUUGUGUAGUUUGAAUGAUUUUCUUUAGUGCACACAAUAAAUAUUGUUCUUGAUAGAAAA